CCUCAAAAAAAAACCACCGCACAACACUCCUCUCUCUCUCCCACCGCAGCGAACCCUAGCGCUCUCAGCCCUGCACUUCCUCCUUCUGGAUCUCGACGCGCCGCCGCCCCCAACCCCACUCCCUCCGGCGUUCCCCUCACACUUUCACCACUUGGCCCUCUCAUCCGCCUCCCGUCCUCUCGGCGGCGGCGCCCUCCACAUCGCGCUCUCGAUCCAGAUCCCUCCCCUCCGCACCUCAGAUCCUCUCCCCUCUCCCCACUCUCAGAUCCAACUAGCCCGAGACGGAGGCAGUUGUGGACAUGGUCACCAGCGGUGGCAUCUGAUCUCUCACAUCACUGCCGCCACCCACCCCUGGUCUCUCACAUCUCUGAUGGAAGGCGGCAACAACCCCAUGGACUUCACCUGGACCGCGGGCUAGGAGGCGGCGCCGUCGGCUUGCAACCACGCCAGCCGUGACCAACCCAACACCGCAGGAGGCCGAGGCCGAGUCCAUGAUCCUCGUCUCCGGGCCGCGCGUCGCCGUCUCCGGGGUCAGGCGGGCCGACUCUCGCGUAGGUCUGCCGCCACGGCCGCCAUGCUACAGCCAGGCCACCCAACACACAUCGAACUACCGCUGCUCCUCCUCGUCUCGUCUGUCUUCUUGCCCGGGAAGAAAGGAAGCGCCGGAGACUAGCCACCAAUGGUGGUGCCGCUGGAGUUCCCAGCGGAAGCUCCGGCAUCAGCACCAACGCACCCUCAACCUCCUCGCCCUCGGAUUUGGGAUCUACGUGCUUGGAUUCCCAAGUGUAGCGAAAUGCAUCGAGAUGGAUCUUCCAGAGAUCAUACUGCUGGUGGCUCUUUCCCAGGAUGGGAGGUGGAUGCCCGCACGGAUCCGGCGUCUCCAACCUCGGCAUCCACAAGGAGGAGCGGCGACAACCCCGGACCCGUCCGCUGGUGCUGCUGAUCCUGCUUGGACAUACAUGCUGCCUCUUCCACGUCGGCUACAUGACAGCCAUGCUCACCAGAAGAAGGCUGUGAAGAUCUUCCCCUGCCCUACCUCUGGACCUCUUCGCCCCAUCGUGCAAUGCCAGACCCACAAGUACAACAUUAAGGUGAGGGCUGGCAGAGGCUUUACCCUUGAGGAGCUUAAGGUGAUGAUCAUUUCUUUGCUUUGUUUCCUUCAUCUCUGAUUGCCUAUGAAUGGUGCAGCAUCAUCAGUUGCAAUAAUUGGUUUAUAACUGAGCAUGGAUUUUUAAUGUUUGCUCUGUAACAAUAGUAAAAUUGCAUUGUACAUUUCAUCCAUUUCAUUCUUACUUUUGUUAUCUACGUACCUAGAACUUGUGUUCUCUCUGUAGCUUUUAAUUGCUUGCCCCCUCCUACAAUCUAUGCAUGCUUCUUGAGUUUACAUUCAGAUGCUAGAUGAGAUUAUCAUCUGUCGAGAAACUAUUGUGAUGAUUUGAUGCCCAUCUGGUGACUAUUUAUGUCUUUAGUGUCAAUCGAUGUUGCAUAAUCUGAUUUGGACACCUAGGUUCUUGCAUGGUUCUUAAAUUAAUUGUUUUGUUUUGUUGUUAGCAAAUAUUGCUUAUAUUAAGACUAUAAACAUGUGACUAUUCCUCUCAUUUACAAGAGUUCUAGGCUGAACACAUUCGAAGAAGCUUGAAGCCCCAGUCAACAACUUGCUUUACAUAUUACUGAAUUUGUAAUGCUAAUAUUCUUGAGAAAUUUGAUGUACUGCUGAACAUGCUAGGAAUUUGAUGUAUAUUUGCUCGCUGAACUUGAUGUAUACCUGCUCGCUUAACUCAGAAUAUUAUUUUUUAUUCA